GCCGCUGCGUGGUAUCGCGAUGUUUUGGACAUGUCGCAGGCAACAUGGCGGAAGCGGACGGAGAGACGCUGGAGUCCUGGCUGAAUAAAGCUACAAAUCCUGCAAAUCGUCAGGAAGAUUGGGAGUACAUCAUCGGCUUCUGUGACCAGGUCAACAAGGAGCUGGAAGGACCACAAAUUGCUGUCCGGUUGCUGUCUCAUAAAAUCCAGUCUCCACAGGAGUGGGAGGCAGUGCAAGCCCUCACUGUCUUGGAAGCUUCUAUGAAGAACUGUGGGCAAAGAUUCCACAAUGAAGUUGGGAAAUUUCGAUUCCUAAAUGAAUUAAUCAAAGUGGUAUCUCCAAAGUAUUUAGGAGACAGAGUAUCUGAAAAAGUGAAAACUAAAGUCAUUGAAUUACUCUUCAGCUGGACAGUUGCUCUCCCAGAGGAAACCAAAAUUAAAGAAGCUUAUCAAAUGUUAAAGAAACAAGGGAUUUUGCAACAGGAUCCUCAGAUCCCCAUUGAUAAAACUCUCAUUCCUUCGCCUACAACUCGUCCUAAAAAUACAGUGUUUGAAGAUGAUGAGAAGUCUAAGCUAUUAGCCAGGUUACUAAAGAGCAAAAAGCCUGAGGACUUACAGGAGGCUAAUAAACUGAUAAAGAACAUGGUGAAGGAGGAUGAAGCCCGAAUGCAGAAAAUAACAAAACGCUUAAACACGCUCGAGGAAGUAAACAAUAAUGUGCGUCUUUUGAAUGAGAUGUUGGCCCAUUACAACAAGGAUGACUCGACGGAAGGGGAUAAAGAAUUGAUGAUGGAGUUAUACGACCAAUGCGAGAAAAUGCGGCGGGCAUUGUUCAAAAUUGCGAGUGAGACAGAGGACAACGACAACAGCUUAGGUGAAAUUUUACAAGCCAGUGAUGACCUUUCGCGUACAAUAAACUCCUACAAAAAGAUUGUUGAGGGACAGGCAGUAAAUGGAGAGCUCAGUUUGCCAGAACCUCCGAAGCCGUCAGGCAGUGGUGGAGACAGUGAUACAGGGACACUGAUUGACUUGGCUGGGUUGGAUGUGAUCUCUGCAAAGGCCGAUCACACGGCAGCUCCAAUAUUCCCCAUCAUCCCUCCUCCACCAAAUGUCUCAGGCGAUUCUACAUGCCGAUUGAGCAGUCUGUCAGAUGUGAACAGGCUGCCUCCCAGUACAGCUGGUGCUAUGGGACUGCUGGAUGUGGAGCUGCUCUCACUGGGACUGAAUGAUCCUCCUUUGUUUAAUGGUGUCGAUAAAGAGCCCGGUGAACCUCCGCUGAAAAGUUUACUGAUGGACAACAGCACCCUCAACCCCUUCACUGUGCCCCUAGCUCCUGCUGGGAGAAGAUCCUCCACAAAUCCUGCAACACAUUCAGAAGCCAGCAUCUUCGAGCAGCCCCCUCCUCACUCUUUCCUGGCUUCCCAGCUCACUCAUGCCCCAGCCAUGCCUCUCUGUGUGAAAGGCAGUGCAGUGCUGAGUGCGCCUACCCCCUGCCUGCCCGCCCAGUCGCUCUCCCUGUUCCCAGGAGGCUGCGGCUCUGACUCCUCCACCCCGGCGGCGUUCGGCAGCUUCACCCUGAACACCCUGGAGCAGAAACACCGAGAGGAGCUGAGGGGUGCUUCUCGUGUGAUGGGUGUGGUGUCUGGGACGGUGGGGGGCAGUGGCCAGUGCACACCCUCGGCAGCUCCUGGAAGCCCCCUGUUUCACUCGCUCUCCCCUCAGCCGGUCAGUCCCCUCCGAACUGGACCACCAGAAGUGUCGCUUGCCAACGUGUUAGUUCCUCUGGAGACCAUUAAACCAAGUAGUGUUCUGCCAGUGACUGCGUAUGACAAGAACGGCUUCAGGAUCCUGCUACACUUUGCGAAGGACUGCCCCCCAGCCAGGCCGGAUGUGCUGGUCAUAGUCAUUUCCAUGAUCAACACCUCGCCCCUGCCCGUCACCAACAUCGUACUGCAGGCCGCCGUACCCAAGACAAUGAAAGUGAAGUUACAGCCUCCGUCAGGGACCGAACUGGCUCCAUUUAAUCCCAUCCUGCCUCCAGCCGCCAUCACCCAAGUCAUGCUACUGGCAAACCCAUUAAAGGAGAAGGUGCGUCUGAGGUACAAGCUGACUUUUGCAAUGGGACAUCAGAUCUGCUCGGAGCUGGCUGAAGUGGACCAGUUCCCCCCAGCUGAGAAGUGGGGAAGCCUCUGACCCCCACAGUCACAGCUCGUUUCCAGUAACAGUGAACUUGAACACAGUUUCCACUGAAGCACUGUGUUAUCUGUUUUGUCUGAAGUUUCAGGAAGUGAUGAAGGAACAUAUUUGAAGGUGUGGAAAUGGGUUGAUGUCUUCCACAGGACUCGAGUCUUGUCACUGCCACUGUUCUUCUGUCACACAGUGUCCAUGUCUCAUUCUGUUCUCCAGACACUCCAGCCGAAAAUGGCAAAAGCAUGCUGCACCCUUCACCCAUUUACUGAUCAGCUACACUUCACAAGCGACACCUACGUACGGCUGAGUUCACCAAACACAACCAGGUUGCUGGCCUGAAUUCUCUUAAUGAUUGAGAUCCCUGCUCCUGGAUUUCACCUGGCUCCGGCAAUUCCAAGAUCCUGCACUUGAAGAAUUAGGCUGUAGUGCCCCUGUAUUUAAUCACCAUCACUGCCAUGGUUAAGGUCCAAGAAGGUGACCAGCACCUGGUCUGAAAAAUGUUGGACAUACUCAGCAGGUCAGAUAGUUUCUGUAGAGAGUGAGGCAGAGUAAACAUUUGGAUCAAAAAGAUACUGAAAUAUAACAGGAAAUUGGCACCUGGCUGAUACCCUAACUGUUUCUUUCUACAGAAACUGACAUGCUGAGUAUUUCAAGCAUUUUCUGUUUUUAUGAACCUGCAGGUUGAUGACUAUUCAUCAGAAUUGGAAAGUUUAAUAUUACAGGUACAGGCAAUGACCAAAGAGAUAGUGGUGUGACCAUGAAAGUCAACAGAUGGCUCUGGUGGAUCAGCACCAAACAGCACUGUACUGAGGGUUGGAUCUAAAGGCUUUAAAAAGUCUCAUCAAAAGAUUGGCUCUUAUUCCUUAAAGCUACAUUGACUCUGCAUUUUAAUGCAGCUCAGAAGGCAGAGGGGUUAGUGGGACUGAAAAGGAAACUGUUGGUAACGUAGGGAAAGAGGCUGUGACUUUGGCCUCUGGAUUAAAUGUGAUGUCAGUAACCUGCCAACAGACCUGCACAUCCUGUUUAGAUCCCUCAGACUGAGGCUGUGCUUUCAUAUCUUUCUUCACCCAAAUAUUGUGGAAUUAUCUCUACAUAUUUGAGGUGAUUCUGAAAUUAACUGAGCAUUAAAUAAGGGAAAACUGAGCAUUAAAUAAGGGAAACUUUAAUUUUGCUUUCCUGCAUUGAGGGAGUUGGUUACAGUGCCACCUGCUGUUCCAAGCUGCCCGGACCCCAACUCCUGUGGACAGGACACCCACCAAACCCACAGGAUCUAUUCCCUGCACCGUUGCACUGCUGAGCUCUUAGAUUGCACAGUAGCAUUUAUUGAUAAAUGUUCCAUCCACCUAAGUUAAGCCGUAAGGAUUUGUUCUAUAGAAAACUGGUUCAGUCUUCCUCACCCCUACCCUGAAGCACCCUCCUCCCCUAAAUGCUUUGACAAUGUGUGACAUGUCACAGUGCUCGGAGAUACAGGCACUUAUCGCUCCCAGUGCUGUCACAAGUUGUUGCUGCUCUGUAUAAUGUAUUUAUUGUUCAAGAUUUCAUUCUUGAAACUGUCCUGCAUCCAGUGCAGUUUGUGUUCUAACUCAAAUUUUAGAAGUGUUAUUUUUAAAUUCUAAGCUGUUGUUUCCUGCAUGAUAAAUUUAUCUUUACAUCUUCCUGAUUUCCAGAAAUUUUCUCCCAGUCUGUGGUUGAUAUUUAUAUUUAUGGUCUUAUUUUGAUUGGCUACAGGUAGACAAGGCACCAGAAAUGAAUUUAACAACAAAGGUAAAGCCACUGCCUGACAGCUAUGGUGACCCAGUGCAGUGCUAACCUGUGAUGCUGUCAGUGUGGAGUGUGCACGAUCACCACUGGCUGCUCCAGAUGAGUUAGCAGACACAGUGGUUGUAUUCAGGGCAGUCUCUGCGACUAGUUUACCAUGGGAA